UCCUUCCUCAUCAUCAAUUCUCAUCCGACGCUCUAUUCGCGCACUACAUCACUAUACACCUUCCAACUCCUAAACAAUACCACAACAUGCCCGUCAUCCUCUUAGUUGGCGCCACCCGCGGCCUCGGGGCCAGCCUCGCCAAAGCCUAUGCAUCCGUCCCCGACAACUACGUUCUCGCAACGGCACGAAACACCACCACUCCCGCAAACACAAAGAACGUAAUCUACAUUCCCUCGAUCGAUAUCUCAUCCCCCGAAGCCCGCACUAACCUCCUGAACUUCCUACACUCCCGGUCGAUAUCUCACAUCGACAUGGUCAUAAUAACAGCCGGAUACUUUGCCACCGAAUCCCUCGAAUCGCCGUCAUUCUCUGCACAAGAGAAAAUGUACAGAACAUGUGCUAUUGGACCCACGAUCCUAGUCACAGCUCUCGCCAACGACUCCAAGACCCUGCUUGAUGCAAGCUCGAAGGUCAUACUAGUUUCGUCGGAAAGCGGGAGUAUUACGCUGAGACAUGAGAAGGAAGGUGGUGGAAACUACGGACACCAUGCUAGCAAGACGGCACUGAAUAUGUGCGGGAAACUGUUGAGCUUGGAUUUGAAAGAAAGGGGUGUUGCGGUGGCUUGCGUGCAUCCUGGGUUCAUGCGGACGGAGAUGACGAAGGGCGUGGGGUUCGAUAAGUUUUGGGAUGCUGGUAAUGCUGUGACUCCCGAUGUUGCCGCGAAGUCGCUCAUCGAGUGGAUUCAAACCUUCGAUAUUUCGAAGACGGGGCAGUAUUGGGCACCACGAGGAGCUGUCGACAUUGGUACUGCAGAGCCGGUGCUUGGCCCGAAAGAAAAGCUUCCUACACCUCUCCAAUUACCAUGGUAGCGAAGGCCUCUAAUGAUAACGAAGUUAUGACCCACGACCAAUACACAACGGACAGACUUUUUCUCUAAACACCUAACUGGCAUUGUCAUAAUUGGUUCUACCUACAUAAGCGUACUCGUGAUCCCCGAAAUGCCAAACUUGUGGUCACCUUU